UGGGUUCCCUCGUCGUCGCUUUGAAAUAUUCUUCGGGGGUAAUAAUGGCGAUCUGUUCGACCUAAAACCUCCCCCGCCCCCCCGCCAUCAAACCGUAUGCGAAAAUCAAAGACGUAAACUUUCCAUUUUAACCACAUCCCCUCUCUCUCUCUCUCUCUCCUCUAUCUCUCUGGCUCGGGGCAAAAGCCGACCUCUCAGCUGAUAAAAAUCUUCAUCGCUCUCUGCACUGACGCAGAACUCUGUUGAGGAUGUUAUGGCUCUCUCUAAGCAACCCAACCAAGGACUUGCACGAAUCCCAGAAGUCGGUGACGCGUUCUUUUCUCCCCUUCUUAAUCCUCGCUUUCAUGCGGCUCCCGUCUUUUAAUUAGGUGGACUCUCAACCUCCCGGGAAUCGGAUGCUGCAUGCGAAGCUUUGAAUUCCUUCCCACGGGUUUUAGUUCUCUCUCUCUCUCUCUCUCUCUUUCUCACUGGUGGAAGGUCCCAUUCUGGGUGUGAAGAUUUUUCAGCGCCUGUCAUCGAGAGUUCCGUUGAACGCUGCUCUUGUUCUCAAUCAUGCUCUGCUUUUGCUUCGAGCUGAAUUAAGAGAUCGCGGCGAUGGGGUUAUAUUGAUGGGCUCGCCGAGGAGGGUUCGUCUCAACAACCCAUUUAAUUUGGCGAGGAUGGGUCAUCGAAGCGGGGUCGUGUACCGGAAUCUGGUUCUGUUUGCUGGGUCUUUCUGGGUAUACUUCACGUCCCUGUUCAGUACUCUGUUCUGCGUUGUCAACAAGUUCCUGAGACACGAAGAAGAUGGGAUUCCUCACAAGAAAUUGAAUGAAAAUCCAGAUACAGGAGGACCAAUUGCUGCUGCCACUCAUGUUCAGGAAGAUAACAACCCAAUUUGUUCAGGGCCAGUGGAAGCAGCGGAUGAUGUUGCCGAAUGCGAGGGCUCGUUGUUUGAUAAAAUUGCUGAAGAAAGCCCACCGAAGUUCUUGUCGUUCAAGUUUCCGACUUUUGAAGAAUUCACUAAGGACAGUGCAAGUGGCGACGGUUCCACUUUCCGAGGAAAGAAUUUCCUGUCUGAAUCGCUUUCCGAGAAUAAUUUCAGAGAGGAAACAGAGGAUUUGAGUUCGCCUGUGGAGGAUUCGAGUAUUGAUUCCAGAUUAGAUUCUUUUUCUGACAAAUUCAAGUGGGCUUUCGAGUUUUCGUCCAGAAAAGGCACUAUCAAAGAGCUAGAGGAACCAGAAUUUGUUCAUGAAGAAAAAUCUGCUCUUGCACAAGAGAAUGUCAACACGGAAAACAGAGCACGGAUCAAGGAGGGCUUUCUUUUGCAGGAAGAAGUACUAAAGGAGCUCAAGAGCAAUUUGAUUGAUGAUAAAGACGCUUCUGAGAAAUUCCAGUCCCUUUUAGAGAAAGACUUGCUCUUUUCGGACACGGACUCUGACUCCAUGAGCUCGAGCCAUGAUUUCUCGAUCAUGAGCCGCUUGUUGGAUUCCAACAGCGAUGAUUUCUUUUCAGAGAGAGAUCUCGAUGAGGUUCGUGAGCAUCAAGAUGCGAACGUUGCCGACACCGAAGCCGAUGACGAGGACUACGAGAGCAUCACGGAAGAGCUCGAAGAGCUCGAACAGUCUGACAAACAAUCUCAUGACAAGGACCGUGAAAGUCCCACCAAGCUUGAAGAACCCAAGGGCAUAGAGGGCGCAGAGGAUAAGAGCCAUGACAAACCCCGUUCUGAGGGCCCCUCCGAAUCGAACGGCGAGAGCUCGAAUUGUGACCUCUUGUGGGAGCAUCAAGACUUGAUAGAGCAGCUCAGGAUGGAGCUGAAGAAGGUGAGAGCCACGGGCCUGCCCACGAUCCUCGAAGACUGCGAGUCCCCCAAGAUCACGGAGGACUUGAAGCCGUGGAAGAUCGACGACAAGUUCCAGCGCGAAGAAAAGAUGGGCGAGCUCCACAAGAUCUACCGGAGCUACCGCGAGCGCAUGCGCAAGUUUGACAUCUUGAAUUACCAGAAGAUGUACGCACUAGGUUUUCUCCGGUCAAAGGACCCGCUUAAGUCACUCUCGAGCCACAAAUCUACUGGCCCAGCGAUCACGUCUCUUCUGUCGCAGAGCUUUAAGUUGUGCAGGGAGAAGAAAUCGGAAAAUGACCCGACCAUGAAGUUCAUGAGAGAAUUGCAUAGCGAUUUGGAGAUAGUGUAUGUUGGGCAAUUGUGCCUCUCUUGGGAAUUUCUGAACUGGCAGUAUGUGAGGGCUCUAGAGCUAUGGGAGUCGGACCAGUAUAAUCUGCACUGGUACAACGAAGUUGCCGGAGAAUUUCAACAGUUACAAGUGCUCAUGCAGAGAUUUCUGGAGAAUGAACAGUUUGAAGGCCCAAGGGUGCAAUAUUAUGUCAAGACUCGAUGCCUUCUGCGCAAUCUCCUGCAGGUCCCUGUAAUUAGAGAGGACAAUUCGAAAAACAGAAGGAUGGCGAGAUUAAAAGGGAAAGGUGAGUACACUGUCAACAGCGACGAUCUGAUAGAGAUCUUAGAAGAGUCUAUAAGAAUAUUUUGGCGUUUCAUCCGAGCAGACAAAGACUCGAGCACCGCUGCACAAAAGGAUCGACACAGAGGCCAACCGGAACUUCAGAAUCCUGCGGAUUUGGAAUUAUUGACACAGGUCCAAGCGGUGCUUCAAAAGAAAGAGAAGAAACUGAAAGAUCUCUUGAGGGGGGGAAACUGUGUGCUGCGAAAGUUUCAAAAGCAUCAAGAAGAGACCUCCGACCAAGUCCUCUGCUUUUUUUCUCAAGUGGACAUGAAGCUAGUGAGGAGGGUGUUAAACAUGUCGAGAUUAACGACUGACCAAUUGGCUUGGUGUAGCAGCAAGCUGAGCAAGAUUGUCUUCGUUCACCGGAGGAUACACAUAGAGCCCUCGUUGUUACUUUUCCCAUGUUGAUAUAUAUAGCAGCAUAGCAAUUUUGUACAACUUUUGUAGCUAGAUCUCUGAUUGAUAUUAGUAGUUGAGCAUAAGUUAGAAGUGUCUGCUGGAGAAAAUUUUGCUACCCAAUGUACAGCUUCUGUAAGGGCAAUUAGGAAAUCGAUUCUUUCAUUUGAGAGAAAAAUGUUUCGUGAAAAGCGGCAUCCUUUUCAGACCUUGUCUUCUCAACUCAGCAAAUUCACUGCAACUUUGCACUCC